UGUGUGUCAGCGUAGUGGGUCUCCUGGAUGUUGCUGACUGAAGAGUUUGUACAGGAAAAGCGCAGCGAGCAUGGACUUGGAAGACUUUCCUCCCCCUCCUCCUGAAAGUGACAACACACAGGAAGGAAGUCCUGUUAGCUCUACGGGUUCCACAGACUAUUAACCAGCCAGCAGUGCCUUAUCGCUGCGUCUGACACCAUUCAUUACCGCACAGAUGGAAAAAGGCAGAUAGCAUCUGUGUUUUCAGGUUUGCACCUCUUCUCUUGCACAUUUAGUCUUGGGUGCAGAUGGAUGCCGGGUCACAGCGUUGACAUUAGUCACAGACCGUUUCCUCACACGCUUGACUUUAGAGUGGAACAACUACCUGUGACAGCCAAAGGGAACGGUACUGGUGAUUUAGAGCCGUGUACUUUGUUCCGAACGACUUCAAAGUUUUGCUGCAGGGUGUUUCUUUGAGUUAAGGUCUACUUGGUUGCUGUCAGAGGACUUCUGAGGCCUAGAGGCGUUACACAGCAUGUUACAACAGUGGGCAAGUUCCCUUUACAUGUAUUGAUUAUAAAGGAAAACCUUAUCAGGUGAAUGUUUAAUGACCUUAAAAUGUCUGAGGUGAGGAAGUUAGGAUUAAGUAUAUUAGAAAACAAAUGUACUGUAACACAUGCUAAAGUAUUAAAAGUAGGCUAGAUCUUAUGGGAUAGUAUGGAAAUAAUCUGCCAGUAGGACACAACUGGUCAAAGUGUAAGGUCACAAAACCAGGAACCUUUAAACCGACUCUCUCUUAACUGAGCUGUUUCGGCAGUUCCAUCACUUUCCUUGUCCUUUCUUAUCAGAUUGUGAAUGGACUCAAUCAACGUAAAAUGCCUGUGUUUUCUUUGGAAGCAGUCAGGAUAUGAGGCUAAAAGACGAUACAGUCAAGCUGUAACUACUGAUGAACGUGCUCCCAAAGAAUCUGUGGUAUGCUUGUGAGGAAAGCAGUGACAGUGGUAGAAUAUCACUUCCGGAAGUUAAGUGAUGGCUUCACAAAAUCACACUGGAAGAGGCCUAAAUAGAGUAGACGUUCCUUCAGUUCCUCUGAGCUCAGGUUGGAAUUUUAAAUAUAUACUACUUUAUUCUCUUUAUACUCCUAUAUAUUCCUUUAUUUUAAUAAAACCUAAAUUACUUUAAAAUCUUCAAUCAUUGUACAUUCAGCCUAAAUGUAGAACCAGCAGGUGAGACCCUACUGUACAUUCCUGAUCCUUUUACUCUUUAUUGAGUUUCAGUGACUCAGGCCUUCACUGUAUUCAUCAGAAGGAAUGCACAAGCCCCUCUCACUGGAGGGAGUAACAGCGCUCAUUCCUGCUGGCCUAAUUGCACUGUGGAAACUGGAAAGACAUUUGUUGUUCCCUUCCUGUCUGCUGCAUGCUGGUGGAUAGUCUUGAUGAGGACGAGGGGGAAGCCUUCGACUUUGAUGACAGCUGCGAUGACGUCCCUGAGGCCAACCGCCUGCCCCCUGCAGCUCCACCUCCUCUACCCCCCGGCAGCAAGGACCAGAGCCAGGGCGACAAGGUGGCCAGUCAACCCGGAUCGAUGUCCUGCCUCGACCCCCCAGCGCCUUUCAUCACGACCGACACAGCUCCUCCAUCAGCAAACCAAACAGACCCGACACGCGGAUCCUCCACAGCAGGUGGAGCAACAGCAGAGGGAGAGGGGACUGAUGACACAGAUUUACCACCACCACCGCCUCCAUCUCCACCCCCAACACUAAAUGACAAUACAGAGGCAAAUCCAGAAAGAGCAGGGUUUUCAGGCCAGGACUCGUCUAUCGAUGCCCCUCACUUUCCACAGGCCGUCCCGAGGACCUCCUCCCAGGGAAGAGUCAACCCCUAUUCUGUGAUUGACAUCAGCCCGUUGCAUGUGCAGCAGCUUGGACAGCAGCAGCAUGGGCCCUCCCUUUCCUCUUCCUCUUCCGUGGAGCACAAUGAACAAGAAGCCUUGGAUGUGCACGCUGCCUCUGUUGGCAACUCUUCAGGAUACUCUGUCCCAGUGCCUUGUGGCUAUGCAACCCCCUCUGGUGUCCCGCUCAUCACCCCAGCUUACACCACACCCAUCAUCAUUCGCCACCUCUCUGUGGAUGAAGACGUCACUGUGGUCGGGACUGGAAACACCUCUGCUGACAGUGUUUUCAGUGAGGAGCAUCCACCAAUCAGAGAAGAGGAUGUUUUGGCCAAAUGGGCAUCAGAUCCUGCCAACACUGCGUGGAUGGAAAAUCCAGAUGAGGUGAUUUACGAUGAUGUGCCCAGAGAAAACUCAGACUCCAACACAGAUCCAGAUGAGAUGAUCUAUGAUGACGUGGAGUUUGGUGAGGAGGGUGGGUGCAGCAGCUCCCUCGACAACGGCUGGAGCUCCAGCGAGUUUGAAAGCUACGACGAGCUGAGCGACGGGGAAGGUCACCCUGAGAACGGCCUUCCCCACGCCUUCAUGAGAGGAAAGCUGCCGCAGAGGAAAACCCAUCUCUCUCAAGAUCUCACUCGCUUGAAAGAACACUAUGAGAAAAAGAUGAAAGAUCUAAUGGCAAAUACAGUGGGAACGGUAGAGCUGCAUCAGCUUAAACAGAAACACGAGCAGAAGAUGCAAAAACUAGUCAAGGCAGCUAAAGAAGGGACCAAAGACGGGCUUGAGAAAACGAAAGCUGCAGUGAAGAAGGGACGUUCUUUCAUCAAAACCAAGUCAUUUUGCCAUGAGAGGAAGUCUCUCUGUUUUGAGGAUGAGGAAUCUGAACUCUUCAUUGAAGUGGACUGUUUUAAUGUUGAGCCAGUGCUGUGUCCAGCACCAGAUGGACUGUCACAGCAGCAGCUGGUGAGACGGUGCAUAUUGGGAUCCAUACUAGAGAGUGAGAAGAACUAUCUCGAUUCACUAAAGAGAAUAUUAGAGCAAUACGAGAAGCCCCUGUCCCAGAUUGAACCGAGGCUGCUCAGUGACCGGAAACUGAAGAUGACCUUUUAUCGUGUGCGUGAGAUCCUGCAGUGCCACUUCCUGUUCCACAUUGCCCUGGCAAGUCGUGUCGCCGAGUGGGACAUCCUGGAGAUGAUUGGAGACGUCUUUGUCGCAUCAUUCUCAAAGUCCAUGGUGCUGGAUGCCUACAGUGAGUACGUGAACAACUUCAGUACUGCAAUGGGAGUGGUGAGGAAGACGUGUGCCGCAAAACCUGGCUUCCUGGAAUUCCUCAAGCAUCGUCAAGAGACCAGCAGUGACAGAAUGACUUUGUAUGGCCUGAUGAUGAAACCUAUUCAGAGAUUUCCACAGUUCAUCCUUCUACUUCAGGACAUGCUGAAGAACACCCCGGUGGGUCAUGCGGACCGUCUGCCCCUACAGAUGGCCCUCACCGAACUGGAGACGCUGGCAGAGAAGCUCAACGAAAAGAAGAAGGAGGCCGACCAGCGCUGCGAGAUCCGCCACAUCGCAAAGGCCAUGAAUGAGCGCUACCUCAACAAGCUUCUGAGCAAUGGCAGCCGUUACCUGAUCCGCUCAGACGACAUGGUGGAGACCGUCUACAAUGAGCGUGGUGAAAUAAUCAAAACCAAGGAGCGGCGCCUCUUCCUGCUCAAUGAUGUACUCAUGUGCGCCACGCCCAAUGUCCGGUGUCAGGAUGGCAGCGGGAGCGGCAGCGGCAAUGCCCCAGUCGACCAGCGCUUCCUCCUAAAGUGGAGCGUGCCUCUGAGCUUUGUGGAGGUGCUGGAGUUUGGAUCCAGUGAGGACAUGUCUGACCACAGCCGCUACCCAGCACCUCAUUCUGGGGAGAAGGUGGUCAUCAACGCCAAGCCAAACAAGCUGUACAUGGGCCCCGGUCAGUUGUACCAGGAUCUGCAAAACUUGAUCCAUGAUCUCAGCCUGGUCAACCAGAUCUCCAACAUGAUCAGCAGCCUCAAAGGAAACUAUCAGAACGUAAACCCAACCGUGGCCCAGGACUGGGUAUCUGGUCUCCAGAGGCUGAUACUGAAGAAAGAGGAGGAGAUCAGGGCAGCUGACCGGUGUAGGAUCCAGCUCCAACUGCCUGGAAAACAAGACAAGUCGGGGAAACCCACUUAUUUUAGUGCAGUGUUCAACACUCUGAGCCCAGCUAUCAAACAGUCAUGGAUCAGUAACUUGCAAAUGGCCAAGCUGGCACUAGAGGAGGACAACCUGCACGGCUGGUUCUUCGCAGAGGAUGAUGGGAAUCACAUCAAAAAACAGAAGCACCCGCUUCUGCUUCGACAGAUGCCUGUGGUCAUGUCAAAGCUGCAGGAGUUCAAGGUGGAGUGUGCCGUUCACAACCCAGAACCCCACAUCAACACAGAGAGCACAGCGGACUCUCCUGCUGUGGGUCAUGGUUGUGUCUGGGUUGCGAGUUGCACCAACCAGAUGGGUCAGAUAGCCAUAGUGGCCAUGCAGAGCUCCAGCCCGAAGGUGACUGAGUGUUUCAAUGUCGAGUCUCGUAUCCUCUGCAUGGCCUUUGUCCCUGCUGAGCAACCCCAGGAGAACGGUGAGCAGGUCCCCGAAAAUGAGCCCGUCUCCCCAGCGACAGCCGGCAAUACUCCCAGUGUCUGUCUGGGCAUGGAGGACGGCAGCAUCAUCGUAUAUAAGAGCAGCCAACGUUCUAAGAAGGUCCGUCUGCAGCAUUUCUUCACGCCAGACAAGUCCACAGUCACCAGUCUCGUCUACAAGAGGCACUGUCUUUAUGUUGGCCUGGUCAGCGGCUCUGUGGCAGUGUACUCCCGAUCCCAAGAUGGUUUGUGGAGCUGUGAGAAGCCCAAACUGCUGAAGCUGGGAGUGCUGCCAGUUAAGGCGAUGUUGGCUGUGGAGGAGCACCUCUGGGCAUCGUCAGGUGGACAGGUCUUCAUCAUCAGCACCCACACGCAUUCUGUGGAGAGGCAGCUGGAGGCCCACCAGGAGGAGGGCAUGGUGGUGUCCCACAUGGUGGUGGCCGGUGUGGGCAUCUGGAUCGCCUUCAGCUCCGGCUCCACACUCCGCCUUUUCCACACAGAGACCCUGGAGCACCUGCAGGACAUUAACAUCGCCACCCCAGUGCACAGCGUACUGCCCGGGAACCAGAGAGUGUCUGUGAGCAGCCUCCUGGUGUGUUACGGCCUGCUGCUGGUGGGGACCAACCUGGGGGUGACCGUGGCCCUCUCUGUGCCCAGGCUGCAGGGGAUUCCUAAAGUCACAGGUCGGGGAAUGGUGUCUUUGCACGCUCACAACGGCCCGGUCAAGUUCCUCACUAUGGCCGCCGCCGUGUGCAACCGGCCCUCCGCCCCCCCGUCCUCCUCCUCCACCUCAGUCCCGGCAAGAGACACGGACGACGCGGACCUCCAGGCUCCCUCGGACCCCGGGCCGACCCCCCCCCAGGGCCGGGCCGUGUGGCUGGGCGAGGCCGGCUGCACCGCCAUGGCCCUCCAGGACUCCCUGUCGUCGUCGUCCUGCGGCUCCUUGGCCCCGUCCCAGGGCUCUUUGGAGCACGGGCCCGAGGACGGGGCCCUGUACGACGUGCUCCGCGACCCGGCGCACCACCAGAGAGGCCGGCGAGCCAGCAAGGUGGACGCGGGCUCCCUGCUGGUGGUCUCCGGCGGCUUGGGCCACCGCAGGGUGAACAGGAAGGCCAAGCAGUCGCGACACGAGGACACCACCUCCACCAUCAUGAUCUGGCAGAUCCCGUUACUCAGCAUGUGACACCAGCCGCAGUGUGCUGGGAACUACAUCCCAUCAGUUGCGAGAAGAAACUGAAAUGCUCUGUGUAAACGUCUAAACUAAACCAUCAGUUUUUACAGAAGAAUCUGCUUUGAGACUUGGUUUAGAAAUUGGGAUCAAUGAAGACACAAAAUGUCUUGAAGUCUUGAAUUUCACCCUCUGAUAAAGUUGGACGUUGUCCCGUAACAGAGCUAAUAUGUUUCAUCACUCACCAGUGUUUGUACAGUAUGUGUUUGUGUCAGUAUUUAAAAAAAAAAAGUGAGACUUAAAUUCCUGUCCUGCUUAAAAGGGUUUUUAAGUUAGAUGUGUACAAUUAGGAAGAAUGGUUUGGCCACACGUUAGAUCUGUUAAGGCCAGAGUUAUUAAAAGGACGUCACAGCUCAGGAUUGGAGGCGUGGGAGCGUUGAUAUCAGAGGAAAUGUUGAAAUCAAAUACUGUAUCAGCGACUGAAUUAGUUGAGAAUUCCUGGCUGGCCAGGUUUCUGUCAGUAAAGGGAGGAAAGCUGUUAUAACAAGCCAGUUUCUGUCCUAAUACGUCUCUGUUUCUCACAGGAUAUUUAAAAAGAAGAUCAAAAAGCUUUUAUAAUGUGUCACCGUAUGUAUUUUUACAAUGUAUAUUAACAUAUUGAUAAAAAGACUUGUUUACUGGA